GUAACACUUUCCGGGGUGCCCGAAGGAACCUGCCCGGAUAGCUCUCAACCUUCCGGGUGCUGAGGAGACCUCCGCCGGAGACCCGAGGCCUGUCACCUGGCGUGGGAUUUCUUAGGGCGGGAACGGUUGCGCUCUACAACGGAGACCCUUGAGCAUCUUAUUCCCGGCCCGCUCCGGCGCCCUGGUUUGAAAUGGUCCCUCCCUUCCGGUCAUCCUGCCAACUGGGUCAUUCCAGAGCAUCAGCCGGGAGCAACGCUGGUUCGCAGGGUCCUCUGGCCCCCGAGCCGCGGAAGACCAGAUAGUGGAGAUCCUCAUGGACCUCGUGCGGAAAGCCAGGAGCCGCAACAUCAGCACCCUCCAUCCAUUCUUCAACAUUAACAAGUGCGUCAGAGACGGGCUCCAGGAGACCCUCCCGGACAACGUCCACCAGAUCAUUUCCGGCAGGGUCUGCAUCUCGCUCACCAGGGUGUCGGAUGGAGAGAACGUUCUGGUGUCUGAUUUCCACUCCAAAGAUGAAGUGGUGGAUGCCCUGGUGUGCUCCUGCUUCAUCCCUCUCUUCUCUGGGCUAAUCCCUCCUUCCUUCCGAGGUGAGCGGUACGUGGAUGGAGGAGUAAGCGACAAUGUCCCUGUGCUGGAUGCCAAAACCACCAUCACCGUGUCCCCUUUCUAUGGCGAGCAUGACAUCUGCCCCAAAGUCAAGUCCACCAACUUCUUCCAGGUGUAUGUCACCAACACCAGUUUCUGCCUCUGUGCUGAGAAUCUUCAUCUUCUGACCAGAGCGCUCUUCCCUCCUGAUGUGAAGGGGGUGGCAGAGCUGUGCUUUCAAGGGUACCUGGAUGCCUUGCGGUUCCUGGCAGAGAACGGCAUCUGUAAUGGGCCACAGCGCAGCCUGAGCCUGUCCUCAGAGGAGAUGGCGCCGGAAGCCACCACACCCUGCUCAGAAAACAGCCGCCUUCUGGGAGACAAGCUGUGCCUGGCAGCUGUGCCCUGGGAUGAGAACAUCCGGGAGACCCUGUGCCCCAAGCUCAGCACAGCUCUGAGUGAAGCGAUUAAGGACAGGGGUGGCUACCUGAGCAAAGUCUGCAACUUCCUGCCCAUCAGGAUCCUGUCGUACCUCAUGCUGCCCUGCACUCUGCCCGUGGAGUCGGCCAUCGCAGCCGUCCACAGGUUGGUGAUGUGGCUUCCUGACAUUCCUGAUGAUAUCCAGUGGCUACAAUGGGCCACAUCCCAUGUUUGUGCCCGGAUGACGAUGUGUCUGCUUCCCUCUACCAGAUCCCGAGCACCCAAGAGCGACCAACAGACACCCAAGUGUGGGCAUCACUCACCUCUACGGAAAACCCAGUGCAGCUCUGCUGCUUUGUAAAUUACUGGUCUCCCUGCUUCCUACGAACUUGGAUAUUCUUCCUGUGGAUGGUCCAGGAAGGGGCCAAAGCUGCGGCCACCCUGCCUUCCACCUCAAGCCCAGUGUGACCUUCAGCUGGAGCAACAGUGUUUAAAGGGAGGGUGGGUGGGUGAGUGGGGCGCUAUACUCUGUUUCCUGCUGGGAAGGGUUCUGUUUCCUUUGGAGGCAGCUAGGAAGUUCCGGUCCAGGAGCUGAGCCUCCGUCUGUGCAGCUGCCCCUUGGACCUCAUGCCUGUGACUCCAGGUCACAGGAUCUGGGCUAAAUUGGUAGUCGAUAGAAACCAGAGACAAUGACUUGGUGUUUAGAAAGCUACUUUUGAUCUGGGUGGAGUCUGGUGCUCGAGGGCUAACCCAGUGAGGAGGGGCCACUGUCUUGGGAGCCUGUGAAUCAUUGGGGAUGGCAGGAGCAGCAGUGUUUGAAAACAGGAAUCCAAACUGGGCACACUCCUAAGGAUGGGACAGAGCAUGGCUGUCUUCUAAAAUGGGUCUGCCAGUCCAGUGGUACUAUGAGAUAACUUAUUACAUUCAAGGACAACCUUUGACUCUUACUAAAAUAAUUUAUAAAAAAAUAUAUGUAAACACACCAGGGGAUGCAUGGUGAAAUACACAUAUGAUCAGUAAGCUGUGAAUAGAAUUAAGCUUAAGGUAAAAAUCUCUUGUAUGUGGGAGCAAAGCAACAUAGGUGGGAAACACAGUAGACCUCUGCCUCUUCACCCUGGACUUGAACUUGGCUUGCUUUCUCCACUGUCUCCAAAUCUUUGUACUGUACCUAUCACUGCUGCUCUCCUUUUCCUUCCACUCUACCAGCCUUAACGGGGAUAAACACCCACUUUUCUCAGGUGUAUGUAUACAGCUGUGGGCGUGAUGUGUGUUUCCUGUAACUCACACAUUAGAGCAGAACAUAAACAAGCAAGCAAGCAAACAAAUAAACAAGAAACAAGGGCCUGCUCAUACUCCUAAGCUUUGGCAGUGAAGGUACAAAUCUCCCAUGCUGGAGUCUCCUGGAGUCCUAGUGAGCUCCAGGUUCGCACAAGCUCUCCAGGAGGAGUAAUCACACCCUGAUGCAGGCGAGCUCAGCAGGGUUGAUCCUGAUUGGAUAGGGGAUGACUCUGGGGGAGAGAAUGUGGGUCCAGAGGCCCGGCAUCUAGGCUCCACAGAAGGAAGACUGUCUCCAGGGAAGAAAACAAAUCAGGAGUGGGUGUAGCUCAGUUGUUAAACUGCUUCUCUAGCGUGCAUGAAGUCCCUGUGUUCAAGCUCUGCACCAUAGAAACUGUGGGGUGACAGGCAGCGACAUAUGCCUGUGAUCCCAACACUCAAGCAGUAGAGCCAAGAGGAUCAGAAGUUCAGGGCCAUCCUUGACUACUAAGGGAGGUGUCAAAUGAGACCCUGCCUCAAAAAGACAAAAAACAAGCAGACCAAAAAAAAAAAAAAAAAAAAAAGAGCAGAGGCUUCUUUAAGCUGCCCUGCUUUAAGCUGUCCCUUUCUGGAACUUUCUCUUCAGCUGAGAAGAAUAUCCCUGCCCCCUAUCAGGUAAAAUUCCUGCUGGUUUAGAGCCUUCCACUCUCAGGAACACCUGGUGUGGGACAGUUACCAGCAGGGAGCACUUUUUUUUUUUUUGUAACAAAGGGCUGGGUGGGUGUGACUACAGGUGAAGCUAAUGUGGAGAGCCUUGUUUGUCCUGGGCUCACUUUGUGGACCAGGCUGGCUUACUCACACAGAUCUGCCCGUCUCUGCCUCUGCAAGUGCUGGGAUUACAGGCGUGUGCCACUGUCCCCGGCACAAGGAGCAGCAUCUUGACUGGAAUGCAGCAAAGCUGGUUCACCUGUUUAAAAAAACAAAUGCGGUUGUCUAUGCAAAUCACUGUUCAAACAACAGAAGGAUUGAAUGGAUACACCAAAAAUACCCACAACUAUUAAGGGAAGAGGGCUCAUAAUAAAUGUAAAUAAAUAAAUAAUGCUUUUUUUUUUUUUUUUUUUUAAUGCACUCUUGUUGCUUCCCUGUGGGACAGUUUCCUCUACAGGUUUGUGUGCUCCUCUCUAGGCUUACAACUCAGAUGUCCUCCACACUGCAAAAUGAAUGACUGGGUUGUAAAAAGCCCGGGGGGCUCUGGAACUAUGUAGCCCAGGCUCACCUGGAACCCUCCAUUCUCCGGCCUCGGUCUUCCCAGUGCCAUGUUCCCGCACAUCAUCACACCAGCCUGGAAUGUGCAAUUUUAGUAAACACUGGGAAGGGACAAUGGUGCAGUCUCCAGAACACACUGAGGGAAAAUGGGGAGCAAUAAUUUCCCAGUGAAGGACUACACUUCCCAGCUUCCCUUGGGACUAGGAAGUUAUUUCUACCUCAAUAAGGGGCUGUAUUCUAUCUUCCCCUGUAGCCAUUUUGGCCACCUGCACAUGGGGGUGACAAAAUUCUCCCUCAUUGGGAAUAAACAUGAUCUCACCUAAGGUCAGAUCAAGGCUCACUCUCUCUUUCUAGCUGCCUUUAAAUAAUCUAACAAGGGGAGGACAUGUGAGGGCCAGUUAUGUUUUAAGUUUAAAUCAAAACUUAAAAUUUAAUUUAAACAAAAAUGCCUCUAAUCUGUAAGCCCCAUUUGCCGGAGAACAGAUAACUUCCUGGAAUGCUGGGGGCCAUUGUUCACAGGAGAGAACAAACUUCUGCAAACAAGCUUGGUUGCUCCAAGUGUUGACCACAUGUAGGUGAGGUAGGCAGGAAGUAUGUCAGAAUGUAUGCUUGCCCCUGAUGGGGUGAGGGUGGGAAGUGCAUAGCCUAGUAGGGUUUGCCUUUAUAAGCAGUUUGGUGCCAUGGUCUGGGAAUCCUGGGUAAGGACCUAGCUAGUGUUCAUUGUCCUGGCCAGUACUUAAUAAAGCUUUAUUUAAGUUUGGCUCAAAA